GUGCUCUGAAAAGCUGCUUGUUGGAUUGUGACACACACUCUGGAGGAAGUGGGAUGGUCAGUUUCAACAUCCUCUCUGAGAGUGUUGAUAGUUACUCAAGCUAUCUGCAUGCAGUCUUUUUGCUCUGCCUGUGUUGCUCCUCAUAAUAUGUUAGCAGUUUAGUGAAAAUAUUUAUAUUUUAAAAUGUGGAUCUAUUCUCCUGUGUCACAAAUUGAUGAUACGGUCAGAGCUCCCAGGAAGAAACAAGAAAGACCCUCACAAAUGUCAAACAACACCAAGAAAAAACAAGAGGAAAAACAUCUCAAAAUCCUGAGAGAAUUCCUCUCCUUGUCAACAAACAAAACAUGUUUUGAUUGUAAUCAAAGAGGUCCCACUUACGUCAACACCACCAUUGGUUCAUUUGUGUGCAUAUCAUGCUCAGGAAAACUGAGAGGGCUUACUCCACCUCAUCGCGUCAAGUCAAUCUCAAUGGCAUCUUUCACUCCAGAGGAAAUAGAUUUCCUAAAGAGUCGAGGCAACGAAUACUGUAAACUUGUUUGGAUGGCCCAUUAUAAUGCGGCGGAGCUUUCUUCGGAAACGAAAGACGAACAGAAAUUCAAAGAUCACUUAGUUGCCAAAUACGAAAAGAAGAGAUGGUAUGCCGAUCCUAGCACGCUCACCGAUAGACUCCCAGCAGCCAAGCUGAAUGGGAUGAAUGGUGAAUCCUCUCAACCUGUUCAGGCUCAUCCAUCAACGGUCACGUCUUCCCCAGUAGCACGUCCUGUGGUCUCUGCGAUUCCCUCGGUUCCACUGUCAUCAGUCCCACUAUCAAAGACUUCAGAUUUGUUGGCCGAUUUGGAUUUCUUUGUUCCAGCCGUACCCUCUGCUGGCUCAGCUUUCUCUUCACCUCGGAAAAAUCACUCGUCUAUUCCUCAGUCCGUCAGUCAGCCAUCAUUUGCCAAUUUCCAGAAUGCCGAUUUCUUUUUCUCGGAAACUUCGCCGCAGAAAACGAUUGCUGCUCCGGCUGCUGUCACGCAUCAGGUCCAAAGCGGAGCGGUCAAUGGCAUGGCAAGUCCGCUUAAAGUGGGGGCAUCGAACGGAGUUGCAGCUCCGACAGAAGAUCGCUAUUCUGCACUAAAAGACCUGGAUGCAUUGUUCACAACACAGACGACGCCAAUAAGUGAGCCAAGCGUUUCGGCGGCGGCUAAUUGGAAUCCUUCUUGGAAUACCGGAACCGCUCAAGCCGCCACCGCCCCGCCUACCCACCUUCAUCACCACUCCGAGUCGGUGUUUUCCAGCAACAACAACGCUGCUGCUGCUGUUGCAGUGGAAACGCCCGUAGCGUGGUCGUCGUUUACGCCUUCGAACAGCAGCAACCCGAGUAACCCUUUUCUCGCCGUCGCCUCUGUGCCUACUCAACCAGGUACACAACCCGUCCAUUACGGCAAGCCAGCUCUUCCCUGGGCCAAUUUCUCUUCAUCGCCUCUGUCCGGCUCUCCGAACAUGACCUCUGGGACAAACGUUGCCUUUCCAGCUGCCAGUGCCGCCGCCGCCAACAGUCACUUUGCUUUCGGUUUCGGCGGUCAUCCCAAUCCUAUGGUGGGUGUCGCAACGACUCUCACCACUAGCCAGUCAUUGGACCUGUCGCCCAAAACAUGGGGAACUUCGACCGGAAUGAACCCUUUCAUGGAUGCGACCAGUUUUACCCAGGGACGGUCUCACAAUCCUUUUUUAUAGCCAUACUGUUAGCGUUUGAAAAGAAAAGGAGAAAAAAGACAAAACAAAAGGAGGAAAGAAACCACAAAAGAAAACACGAAAAGAAAAGGAAGAAUUCUUCACCGGAGAAAUGCGCCGUCAUCGAAAAUUUCGUGUGGUCGAGGAUUUUCUAUCUUUCUGCUCCCAUUUUUCAUCUUGCUCCCCGAAAAGAAAAAACAACUUUCUGCGUAAAGCAAAACUGAACCUUAAAAACUCCCAAAUUCCUUCUAGAUGAGGGAAGGGUAAAAAAAAAAUGCUGCGAAUGUUUAUCUCUCGUUAUUUAUUGAAGAAGACAUGGCAACCUUGCUUGUGAUAGGUUAUUCCACACUCUUUAUUAUUAUUAUUAUUAUUAAAAAACUUUUCUCUGGUCCAUGAUAUGUCCUCCCUUUGUCCUCCCUUUCUUUUGUGUGUGCAACAAAGUUAAGGGACAGGAUUGAAAAUCAAUACUUUGAUGGAGGAUCUUCUAUUCUCUCUUUACACCCAACACACACACAUCCAGCCCCCAGUAGCAGUAGCACCAGAGCGAAAGGAGAGAGCAACGAAGCUUGGGUCCGCUCCCGGUGCCUGCUGUCAUCGGUCCAGACGAGAACAAACAAAUCAAGAGAUUUACUACUUUAUACAAUCAAGAAGUAUAAUGUUGGGCAAUUGUCGGGACCUCGUUCAUACAUUGUGUCCCACUUUUGUCUAGUGCCCGCGCGUAUAUUUAGAGAUAUAUUUCGUGUGUGCGGCGAUUUUGGCCAAUGUUUCCGCUUCUUCCUUUAUCCAAUUUUUCGUGUCUCUAUCCUUAACAUCCUCUCUCCAAAUGUUAUUUGUCUAUGCCUGUUAUAUGUGUCGUGUGUCCACGGAUUCGGAAUCUAGUCGGCUAGAAAGAAAGAAACAAGUUUUCGAUGAAACGAAAGAAACGGGGGGGGGGACUGAAUUCGAUAACGUCAAUCUUAACUGCUGCUGUGUUAUACGUGUGUAAAACUGCAGGCUUUAAUUUAUUUAUUCAUUCUUUUUUUUUGUUCAGCUGCUUCUUCCUUCAAACUGUCCUUUCUCUUCUUCCAUGAUAUCACGCUAUUAUAAUUAAGACUUUAAAAGAAUUAGUCACAAGAAACCUGUCCAUAUUCUUAACGUUGAAGAUAAAAUGAAGUAACGAACGCGCGGCAAAUUCAAAUCGACGCACGGUACCAAGAUUCCUCUGCUUCUCCUUAUUAUCAAAUUAUGAUUAGAUUUUUUUUUUUAUCUGACUAUUAACCCGAACAUGAUUUUGUCCGUUUCGGAAAGUCCAUUAUGUGUUGCCCGAGUGCCUUACAUUUACACAAUGGUCGGACGGGCCAUAAAAUUGGAUGGGAGAAUACGAAAUGAGAGAAGGGCUCAAGAGUGGGGGCACCAUUUUCUUUCUUUCUUUCUUACAUACAUAUAUAAAUAUACUGCAAUUGUGUUGUAUGUAUUUAUCCGUUUCCUUGUUCCACGGCCGGAGAACAUCAUCUCAUCUUAACUUCUCCACGCUCUUUCAAGUCUCAUCCCGCCUCGCCACAUGGGGUUGACACACGAACACAACAAUGUUUCUCUGAAAACAACUAGCGUAUACAUCUUUGGCGUUGUAGUAUCUCCUUACGUGUCCUCUGGUCCCGCGAUCGUCAACUCUUUCUCUCUGCUUUCCUUUUCCGCUCGGCGUCCUUUCUUUAAUAUUUUCUUUUUUUGUUUCUUUCGUGGCAAUACAUCUCCGACACACCGCUA